CGCGCGUGAGGGGGGCGUGUUCUUUGCGUUCGCUUUUGACCGAGCUGCAGCAGCUUCCGGUCUCUGGCGUCACACAUGUAAGCACAACAUGGCCCCUGCUGCCAGCCGGGCUGUUGUGGUCGCGCUCGCGCUGCUGUCCUCGUGCCGGGCUAUCUGGGCCUCCGAGUAUUUCUCCACCCUCACGCUCUUCAACAACGAGCUCCACAAGCAGGGCUGCAGCUCGCUGUCCGAGUGGGAGGAGUACGCGGCGGACUGCGAGUCCUCCAUUUUACAGUUGGAGGACCCAGACUGUGAAGAGGGAAGCAACCCGCCCUGCGAGUCCGUCUUCUCACUUAACGCAGAGAAGAUCCUGAACCAGGCUAAGCUGUUUAUAGAGCAGAAGAAAAUCCCCUUCCCCGUCGAAAACCACAACACCAACGAAGAACUCGCUAUAGGCUACGUUCUGAUAGGCAACGGCCUUUAUGAUGAAGCCAUCAAACACUACUCACUCCUACUGCAGGGCGACCCAGAGCUGGUCAGCGCCAUCUAUGGGAGAGGGAUAGCGUACGGGAAGAAAAGUCUACAGGACAUAAAGAACGCUGACUUGGCGUUGUACGAGCUCAACAGAGUCAUCUCCCUGGAGCCGAACUGGCCGGAGGUCUACGAACAGAGAGCAGAGAUCCUGUCUCCGCUGGGUCGUAUCAGCGAGGCUCUGGGGGACCUGACCAAAGCCAUCCAGCUGCAGCCCUCAGCCCGGCUCUACAGGCACAGAGGAACGCUGCUCUUCAUUUCCGAGGACUACGUGGCAGCUAUGGAAGACUUCCAGCAGUCUUUAGAGCUGAAGAAGAAUCAGCCCAUCGCCAUGCUGUAUAAAGGCCUCACCUUCUUCCACAGAGGCAUGCUCAAGGAAGCCAUUGAGACAUUCAAAGAGGCGCUGAAGUUAAAGCCUGAUUUCAUCGAUGCCUAUAAGAGCCUCGGACAGGCUUACAGAGAGCUGGGUGAUUUUGAGUCAGCGAUGGAGAGCUUCCAGAAAGCCCUCAUGUUGAACCAGAACCACAUCCAGUCUCUCCAGCUCCGAGGCAUGAUGCUGUACCACCACGGCUCGCUGCAGGAGGCCAUAGGCAACUUCAAGAGGUGUCUUCAGUUGGAGCCCUACAACGAGGUGUGUCAGUACAUGAAGGGGCUGAGCCACGUGGCGAUGGGGCAGUUCUACGAGGGCAUCAAAGCUCAGACUAAAGUCAUGUUAAACGACCCUCUGCUCGGACAGAAGGCCAGCUCCGAAUACCUCAAAGUGAAAUACCUGAGAGAGUACUCUCGCUACCUGCACUCCCACCUUGACAUCCCAGUAGCAGAGUACAACGUGGACCAGGACUUACCGGGGAACUUUAAAAACCACUGGGCCAAGAAUCUGCCUUUUCUAAUAGAAGACUACGAGGAGCAGCCCGGCCUGCAGCCACAUAUAAAGGACGUGCUGCCGCAGAACUUUGACAGCUACAGCAGUGACGUUCAGAAGCUGAUCUGCACAGCCGACCACCUGGGGGCGCUAAUGCAAUACGACACUCCCGGUUUCUUACCUAACAGAAGAAUACACAGAGCCAUGGGGUUAGCGACCCUGGAGGUGAUGCAGGCCAUGCAUCGAACAUGGAGUAACUCCAAAGUCAGAGUCAACGGCAAGACCAGACAAAUGCAGUGGAGAGACAUGUUCGACAUAGCUGUUAAAUGGAGGAGGAUCGCUGAUCCAGACCAGCCAGUCCUGUGGUUAGACCAGAUGCCCGCCAGGAGUCUGAGUCGAGGCUUCAACAAUCACAUCAAUCUCAUCAGGGGACAGAUUAUCAACAUCAGAUACCUGGCCUACUUUGACAACAUCCUCGACUUCAUUAAAGACAGAAUACUGGUGUAUCAUGGGGCGUACAACCCCAGAGGACUGGUAGAGGUCCGCCAGGCUCUCGAAAAUGUGAAUAAAGUAGAAGAUCUGCUUCCUAUAAUGAAGCAGUUCAACAGUAAAACUAGAGAUGGCUUCACGGUCAACUCCAAGGUGCCGAGCAUGAAGGAUCUUGGAAAAGAGUACGACGGUUUUACCAUCACCAUCACCGGAGACAGGGUGGGCAACAUGUUGUUCUCAGUGGAGACUCAGACCACAGAGGAGCGGACGCAGCAGUACCAGUCGGAGAUCGAGUCCCUCUACAAAGACCUGACCGCCAAAGGAAAGGCCUUGAUGCUGUCCACCGAGCUCGGGGAUGCAGACGCCGUGUGUAACCUGAUCCUCUCCUUGGUUUAUUACUUCUGCAACCUCAUGCCCCUCUCCAGAGGAUCCAGUGUGGUGGCCUACUCUGUCGUGAUGGGGGCGCUGAUGGCCAGUGGGAAGGAGGUCAUGGGCAGGAUCCCCAAAGGAAAGCUGGUGGAUUUCGAGUCCAUGACCACACCCAGUCCAGACAUCUUCAGCAAAACCGCAAAGCACUGGAUGAAUCUCAAAAGUUUACCAGGUUGGUACCAGAGUCUCCCGUCUGUAGCAGAGACCUUCCCGUCCUCCAGAACGAUGAUCGAGGUUCUCAACACAGACUCGUCUUCACACUGUCCAAAGAAGUCCUAACACAGCUUCUAAAACAGGAGACAAGUCUGUUUUAUUUUAAAGUCUUAAUAACGGAGCUUCUACACAGGGCAGGACCGGGGUGGCGUCUCCUUCUGCAACCCAGACUACACUGGACUCAGUUCUCCAGAAGCAUCUCCGCUUCCAUGCUUACUUUUUCAAUUCCUUGUGUUACUUGAGUCGUUUGGGGAGACAGGUCUCAUGGUUCUGGCUAGACCUGAAGGGGAUAUUACAAAUUCAAAACAUUAGUUUAAAGAGGCUUUUCGUCUGUAAAGACAUUACCAUUAUUUUGGGAUAAUUCGUCCUGCUCUGUUCUCUGUCAUCCUCCUUCACACACAACUCUCAUAUCUGUGGUAGGCGGGGGAAAAAACUCCAUAAUAAUAAUCUUUUUAGCAUAUUGUAAUUUAAGUGGUCGGAGAGAAAUACACUUCUGCAUCCUCUUCUGGCUCUGUGUUUUUCAGGCUUUAGAUAAUGUAGCCGGGAGACUUUGGCCAAUCACAGGUCAUUUCAGAGAGAGAGAGAGAGAGCAUCCUAUUGGCUGUUCAGAGAGAGAGAGGAAGAGCCACAGUAAGUCGACAAAUUCUGGCAAUAUUUGGCUUUCUACACGCUGUAGCAUUAACUCUGAAUUUCUAAAAGUUGGGAUGCUUUUGAAUGUCAAUUAACUGGACACCUGUGUGUCAGGUGUGUACAUUUAAUAUUCUUAAAAUAUUAAAUUCUUCUCUAAGUGUGAUGUUCACCUGCAGCAGUAAACUGUCAACAUCAGGCUUAAUUAUUUAAUGAUGGUCUCUCAGCUCACAGGACACCUUAGUUCAAAGUAAUGUUUAUGCAUUAAAUAUUAAAUCAGAUUUUUGUUUAGGUACAACAACAACGACAACAAAAUACACAGAUUCUUAUUGGUGCUACUUAGAAUUGCUCCAAACAUUUCUACACUCCAGCUGUGUGGAGAGGAUGACAGAGAACCCGCUCCGUUUCCCCGCUUCAUGGGCCUCGAGCUGAAACUCAACAAAACAGCUUUUAUUUAACAUUCAAGUUUGGUAUUGGCACUUUAAAGCUUCUUUUUACCACUUACACACACGCACGCACGCACGCACGCACGCACGCACGCACGCACACACACACACACACACACACACACACACACAAUGCAGAGAAGCUCUGGGAUAAAAGCAGUGUAACUAUAAACAUGUAGGGCUAUUGAAUUCAACUCGGAUACUUGAAGCAGUCUCUUUGUGUUUAGUUUUCUGGACACUUGCAGGAAGCGUCCCUCAUGGGGUCGAGAGCCACGCUUUGUGUCACCGUGACCAACGACGGGUUCUACUACGAUGGGUCGGCUGCUGAACCAGGACGAGAGCAACAGACGGAGAUUUUAGAGACUUUUCAGAGUUACUUGUUCCUUUUUGUGACAUAAAGUCCUCAAAGACUCGUCAGUAAAUCGAUUAGUGGAUCAGCAGAAAACGGUUAACCCUCGUGUUGUCUUCGGGGUCAAAUUUAACCCGUUUUCCAAGUUUUUUUUCAACCAAAACGCCCAAAAAUAACAUGGAAACAUGGAUGAUCUUUGGUGAAUUUAAUGACUGCUUUCAUUUGAAAUUUUUAAAAGAAGUUUCAAAACAAAACCCUGUCUAUACGUCAUCUGAUCUUAACUAUCAGGCAAAAAUAAUUCAUAAUUUUGGCUCUUUUUUGAAACAAAAAAAAAUGGUAGAAUGGCAUAAAAAUGAAAUGGAAACACAAGUGUGACAAAAACGAUUUAAAAAGUGUCAAAAGCAUUGAAAAAAUGCCCAAAUUUUGACCCGGAAGGACAACAAGGUCGUGGUCGACGGGAAGACAACACAAGGGUUAAAGAUAAAAUAUCAAUAUCCUGUUUUUCUUAUGUCAUUAUAAAUUAAAUUUUAGGUUUUGUCCUCUUUUGAGGACACGCAUCUUGAACUUGGACCUUGCAAAAUCUUUUGGAACUGAUAUUUUCUUGAGUAUUUUGUUGCGUUUCUUUAAUACUUUCUUUUUACAUGUACAACUACGGCACAGCUAAAAAAAAAACACAACAA